AUGGCUUACAACUACUACCAUUGUUCACGUUUCAAAGCCAGCUCAUCAUGUCGCCAACUAGCGCCUUUCUGGUCAUUGGGGUAGCACUAGCUGCUAGAGUCACUGAUGGGCAAAUUUUGAAAGCCCUGGAUGAUGUACUCACCAAUACAACGUAUGGAACUGUCAAAGGAUUGGCCCGUGUGUCUGCCGCUGGAACUGUCCUAUCUUUUCUGGCCAUACCCUACGCCAAACCGCCCACAGGUUCCAGACGCUUCGCGAGGCCAGAGAAAGCAGACCCUUGGUCAGGAGUUCGAGAUACUAGGCAGCUUGGGACUAUUUGUCCUCAAUACAGGGCAUCUCACUACCAAAUGAGCGAAGACUGCUUGACCCUCAACGUUUACACUCCGAGUACAGAUGGUCAGCUACCAGUAAUGGUUUGGAUUCACGGAGGCUCCUUCCUGACUGGGUCCGGAACUUCCUUUAAUGGUACGGAGUUGGCUCACAAAGGUGUAGUGGUGGUCACGGUCAACUACCGACUGGACGCGCUGGGAUUCUUGAGCACCCAAGAUGAAGUAGCCCCGGGUAAUUUUGCACUCCUUGACCAACUCCUGGCUUUAGAGUGGGUGAAACAAAACAUUGGAUCGUUUGGAGGUGACCCAAAUCAAGUGACCAUCUUUGGUGAGAGCGCUGGAGCAGGAUGUGUCUCUCUCUUGCUUUUAUCUCCAUUAGCUGCUGGUUUGUUCCACAGGGCCAUCAUUGAGAGUGGCUCUUCUUUGUCCCCAUGGGUGGUCAACUACCCUACCAGCAGACUCACCCCCAAGUACAUAGCUGGACAAGUUGGUGCAAAAGUCAACUGUAAACUGGAUAAUUCAACUCAGUUUCUGGAUUGUAUGAGGAAUGUAAGUACAGCUGAUCUACUCAAGGCGAGCUGGGACUUCCGGCGCGCUAUUAAUCUUGACGUUUCCUUUGCCCCAGUGGUUGAAACGACCUUCAGAGUAAUUCCCGAGCGCCCUUUGAAAAUGUUAAAAUGUAAUCAGUUCAACCACGUGGAUACGAUUCGGGGCUAUAACACCGACGAAGCCCUCUUUGUUUUGGGAUCUCCAAGUGGAAUCGAUCGAGACGAAUUUCGGCGCCGAAUAUCUCGCGUCGUGUCUCCUUUCAAUUUGGCCAACAAAGAUCAGAUAUUGUCAGAGUUCGAGAGCCUUUAUCUCGGGAACACAACUGACCCUGAUGUCAUAGUUCGCCAGGCACUGACGGCUCUCUCGGACUACACCUUCAUCGCCCCGACCAUUAUAGAAUCAACAUGGGCGUCGGAGGCGGCUCCAGAGAAGAAAUGCUUUCUUUACGAGUUUGAGUACCGAAUGAGUGUCAGCGACACGCCCAUGUGGAUCCAUGCUGUACACGGAGAUGAGGUUCCUUUUGUCUUUGACGCUUUUGAAGAUCCUGACCAGUGGCCGGUAGACAGGGGACACACCGCUGACGACGAUAUGAUCUCACAGGAAAUAAUGAACAUCUGGACGAACUUCGCCAAAACUGGAUCGCCGUUGAACCAAACAACAACCAGCAUUAGCUGGCAGCCUUUCAGUCAGACGCAACAGCAGGUUCUAAAGAUCGACAAAGUCACCACUACCAUAGCACAAAGUAAACAAACAGCUGUUGAUUUCUAUCAAAAGAUUUUAAGCCUAAUAGACAUUUCCUUUAACUGUGAUAUUGUUGGGUAACAUCAAAAAUAAAGUCCUCAAUGAUU